AUUUGUGAAUUCAUUAAACUUCAGCAGAUUAGGCCACAGUUUGCCAAAAUUCAAGAUCGAGGAGUUGUAACUGAUAAUCAAGUCUAACGCCUAAAAGCAUUGAAGACCGAGGAGAUUUUAAAAAUGCUAAAUUUUAGCAAGGCAAGAACUCAGCCACAAUCAACAAGGGCUAUGUCUUUAGGAGGUAUAGAUUAUGUAGACUCGAAGAAGAAGAGCAAUUUUGUAAGAAAAAUUAUUUUGGCUGCUGCCCUUACAACAAUAUGUAUUCUUAUGCUCAAACAAUCCUCAAGAUUUAACAGCCCAAGCCAAUUCUCCUAUCACGAAAUAGGAGUUACUCAUGUCUUAGUAACUAAAGGUGCUGGAUAUAUUGGUUCACAUGCUACACUCCGACUUCUCAAGGACUCGUAUCGUGUAACUAUAGUGGACAAUCUAUCUUGGGGAAACCUAGGCGCUGUCAAGGUUCUACAAGAACUAUUUCCAAAACAUGGGAGGCUUCAGUUUAUUUAUGAUGACUUAAGGAAUACAAAGCAGGUGAAUAAAAUAUUUUCAGAAAAUGCAUUUGAUGUUGUGAUGCAUUUUGCACUUGUUGCAUAUGUUGGAGAAAUCACCAUUGAUCCUCUGAAGUAAGUGUUUGAUCUAUUUCAAAAAAUAUUAGUUGAACUUGCAUAAGCUUUUGCCAUACAACAAUGUGGACACAUUUACCAUAUUAUGCAUUAUCAGUCAUACCAGGGGGAUUUAAGGAGGUUGUAGUUGGUGGGAGGAGAAGGUAGAUUUUUUCUUUGGUUGAAGCCUUGACAUGUGACAAAUGCCAUCAUGUGGGUGUCUUAAUAUGGAUAAAGAGAUAAUAUAUGAUGUGUUGAUCAGUAUUGCCCAAAACUUCAUUACAGCUGACCCAAGGCUUCCUUUGGGAGUUAGCUAAAAAUCUAGCUUGUUUGUCACAUUCAUAGCUUUGUAUGGAUUUUUUGAUGGCUGUUAAGAGUGGACAAAGUGGGCUUUUUGGCGGGUAAUAGGUUUGCUGAAUGAGAUAAACUUUUUUAUUUUUGUAAUAGUAAAAAUGGUUUGUUUGGAAUAUCCCUACUUUUUUUGGCUUUUCUAAUGGCUUUUAAGAGUGGCUAAA